AUGUUCAUGGAUUCUGACUGGGACUAUUGCACUAAACCUGGACAUUUCUGGUUAGAGAGUUCACGUUUUACUUCCAGAGGUACGUGUCUCGUGACUUCAUGCUGGAGAACAGGACUUGGCAAAACGGAUGCAUACCUGAAUAGUUAUGGUCUAUUUGUGGACACAGUGAAGUCGACGGCCCGAGGAUUUCUUUGUAGCGGAACCCUCGUGCGCGCCAGCGGAGCACCAUGGGUAAGUAAAUCUACACCAUCCCAGAAAAUUUGGUAAUCACGUGACCGUACACCGACCGCCUGCCAUCAGUCCGUACUGCAGGCAUGCCAAUGUACACUCUCACACUUUCUAGCUAUUUUGGGAGCCCAGGGAGCCCAGGAGAAAACUGAUUGCACGUCAAUGUUGUGAUCAAUUGACAGCUGUCAAAUGAUCAAAUGGUUCUGAAUAUUGAAUGAGAGCAAUUUGUCUUGAAAAAUCGAGAAAUACUGCAUUUUGUCUGAGGUCUGUAUGAUAAAAACAGCGCCUCAUAGUACUGUUUCACCCCAGAUGUGAUGUAUAAAAAGUAUAAAAGGUUGGUUUACAUGCACAUAGGUUGUUGGCAAGAUUUUGCAAAGUAAAUUUAUAAAUUUAUUAAUGAGAGCUUAGCUUUUAGCCCUGGCUAAAUCUAUAUAUUACCAAAGUAGUAGUGGUAGCUAAUAUAUACCAGUAGUAUUAGUAGUAGUAGAAGUAGUAGUAGUAGUAGUUGAAGUAAAAGUUGCAAGGAACCUUUUUUUUAAAGUUUUUACCUUACAUCAUUGCCUUGAUAAGUUACACCCUGCUAGUGGUAACUCCUACAAAGGCGUUUGUACCUUGUCAUAUUUGCUAUCAUGAAUAUCAUGAAAGUACCCUAAGCAUGCUGGGCUAGAAUUCAAUUUGGCUGUAGUGUGAUACAGUACAUAACAUGGUGUUCUGAAAUAUAAAGAAUUUCUCCAAACGACAAAGGAAACACGGAGCUGAGCUACAACAGUGAUAUGCAAAAACCUCCGUCAGACCUGAGGAGACGACAUUGAAUGAAAUUUUGUUCCAAAGAUGGAUUGGACGAGCAACGAUCUGCCAACCGUGUGGAACACAUUCCCAAUACACAAGAUUUGAAACCUAAGUGAAGCGCAGAUCGAACAAGGUGUUUGCCACGUAUACAUUUCAUUUGAGAGUGCAACAAUACGGUGAUUCCUUUGAACAGCUUAUGGUUAUGCUGACCCCGAUGAAAUGGCUCGAGACCGAGUUGUGAUUAGCUGCCAUUCUUCAAAGAAAAAACUCAUUAACGAAGGCUCAGACCUGAACCUAUAAAAAGCCAUUUCUAUUGCCCAAACUGAUGAAAUAUCGCAGGCACAGUUGCAAACCAUGGCAACAGAAAAUCUAAGAAUAAAUAGUGUAAAGGCAAGGAACAAAAAACACGCUCUGGAAAAGAUUGUGGCAGAUGUGGCUAUCAACAUGACAAGGGCAAAUGCCCAGCUCAAGGAAAGACAUGUUCAAAAUGCUACAAGUUCAAUCAUUUUGCCAUCGUUUGCCUGUCAAAAAACCCAGAUAAGAAUAAGUGAACUGUCUAGAUGA